AUGGCUUCGAGCCGGAGUGGACGCCGUCGGCAGACACUCAGUCAAGGCAUUGACAAAGAGUCCGAUGCUCACACAAAGGCCCAGGUCUACCAGGUUGUCCGAAAAAUCAUCGACGAGCGGAGCCAGUACGGCGAGGGCGAAUCAUCGCUAACUCUCACAUUCAGUGCAAUAUAUGAUCAAAUCAAGCUUUCCAAUUCGUCGCUCAAUCGGAAACCCAAGAAAGUAUUAGAGGACAGUAUUGAGCGUGUUCUCGAGACCAUCCAACACGACGCCGAACCGUCUGACUCUGACGACAUUCUUACAGAACAGCAUUCCACACCGAAGCACGCUUCGUCUGCGCUCAACAAAAGCAUCGUGGGCAGGUGGGCCAAAUCUGGGACGUCGACCCCAAAGGGCUCCUCGACUGGAAAACCCGACCACGACGACGAGUCCCAGGAGAAGGCCCCCAUGGCCGACCCGGAACCUUCGUCUAAGAAACGGCUCACUAACGGCGAGCCGCUUCCGAAGAAGCGCAAGGCGACUACAUCUUCGAGCUCAAGCAUUGACAAAUCGCCUCCCAGCCACGUGUCUCUAUCCGACAUGGGAGGCAUCGACAAUGUGAUCCAGCAAUUCGAAGAUCUACUCGUUAUCCCCAUGACCAGACCUGAGAUCUAUACCUCGUCCAAAGUCCAGCCGCCCAGAGGCGUACUCAUCCACGGCCCGCCAGGAUGCGGCAAGACCAUGGUCGCCAAUGCGUUUGCGGCCGAACUCGGCGUCAACUUCAUAUCCAUUUCUGCACCGAGCAUCGUCUCCGGCAUGUCGGGAGAGUCGGAGAAAGCGCUGAGGGACCAUUUCGACGAAGCCAAGAAAGCCGCCCCAUGCUUGAUCUUCAUCGACGAGAUAGACGCCAUCACGCCAAAACGAGAAUCCGCGCAGCGAGAGAUGGAGAAGCGAAUCGUUGCUCAACUUCUCAUCUGCAUGGAUGAUCUCGCGCUGGAGAAGACGGACGGCAAACCUGUCGUGGUCCUGGCGGCCACAAACCGACCCGACAGCCUGGACCCGGCGCUGAGAAGGGGCGGACGCUUCGAUAAAGAGAUCAACAUGACCGUGCCCAAUGAAAUCGUGCGGCAGCAGAUCCUGCGCGCGCUGACGCGAGACUCCAACGUCGCAGCAGACGUCGACCUGGCACUACUAGCCAGGCGCACGCCUGGAUUUGUGGGAGCUGACCUGAGCGAUCUAGUCUCCACGGCCAGCACCGCUGCGAUUAAACGCUACGUCGACAUGCUGAAGGCAAACUCCGAGUCCUCGGCGAUGGAAGUAGACGAGAUAUGUCCUACUGCACUGGCGGAUCCAGCGGGAACAACGACCUCGGUCUCACCCGUCGUCACGUCCCUCCGCCGACUGAUCAAAUACGCGAAAUCGACCUCCUUCGACCCGACCGAGACAUCUCUAUUCUCCAUCACCGCAGACGACUUCCUGACGGCCCUACCACAAAUCCAACCGUCUUCGCUGCGCGAGGGAUUCGCGACCAUCCCGACCACGACAUUCGCAUCCAUCGGGGCACUGGACAGCCACAUCAACGCACUGACGGCGACGAUCAUCUCUCCGAUCCUCAACCCGGCGCUGUACUCGAACAUCGGCAUGACGCCUUCAUCGGGGGCGCUGCUGUGGGGCCCGCCCGGGUGCGGCAAGACGCUACUGGCCAAGGCGUGUGCGAACUCGAGCCACGCGAACUUCAUCUCGGUUAAGGGACCCGAGCUGCUGAACAAAUAUGUGGGUGAAUCCGAGCGCGCAGUGCGCCAGGUCUUCAACCGCGCACGGCACAGUGUGCCGGUCUUGAUUUUCUUCGACGAGCUGGAUGCCCUCGUGCCCCGGCGAGAUGGCAUGGUGUCUGAGGCGAGUGCGCGCGUAGUGAAUACGUUGCUCACGGAGCUGGAUGGCGUGGGGAACAGUCGUGAGGGCAUCUAUGUGAUUGCCGCUACGAACCGGCCGGACAUCAUCGACCCGGCCAUGCGUCGACCUGGCCGACUCGACACGCUGCUCUACGUUGGCCUGCCCGAUACGGAAGGACGAGUUGACAUCUUACGCACGCUCACCAAAAAAUUAAAUAACUUUGAGUUCGACGAGUCAGUGGCCAGGAUUGCCCGAGACUGUGAGGGUUUCAGUGGAGCAGACCUGGAGGAAUUGCUGCGGAGAGCUGGAUAUGCAGCCAUCAGUCGCUGUGGAACUUCUCAGUCGCAGAACAGCCCUCGCGUAACUACGGCAGACUUUGAAGUGGCCCGAGACGAAGUCCACCCCAGUGUCAGCUCUCAGGAGAUGGCUCGGUAUGAGAAGCUACGCAAGGAAUGGGGCAGAGGUUGA